UAGAUGUCGAGAUAAGGGGGUGUGUGCUUUAAAAGGAGCCGCAGGCUUUGAGCGAGGCACUCCUUUCUGUAGAGUCGUCCAGCUCACUCUCACCGCCACCAUGACUUUCAACGGCACCUGGAAAGUCGAUCGCAGUGAAAACUAUGAGAAAUUCAUGGAACAGAUGGGGGUUAACAUGGUGAAGAGGAAGCUUGCCGCUCACGACAACCUCAAAAUAACCAUCGAACAGACUGGAGACAAGUUUCACGUCAAGGAGAGCAGUAGUUUCCGCACCCUGGACAUCGACUUCACCUUGGGGGUCACCUUCGAGUACAGCCUUGCAGACGGAACAGAGCUAUCUGGCUCCUGGGGAAUGGAGGGAGACAUGAUGAAGGGGGUUUUCACCAGAAAGGACAACGGAAAACCGCUGACAACCACCAGAAUCAUUCAAGGAGACGAGCUCGUACAGAGCUACAACUACGAAGGUGUCGACGCAAAGAGGAUUUUCAAGAGGGGUUAAAACCGAUGUAGAAAUCCCAAGUAUAUGACCACUAUACAUACAGUAUUGCGUUGAAUUUCUCAUUUUACUCACCAGCAUAACAUGCAAAAAGUGCACUACCGUGUGAUGCAUCAGAUUUAAUACUUGCAUUAAUAAAGUCAUGACUCCCUG